CAUCUCAGGUAUAUCUACUACAGUCUAUUAUCUUACAAAGCAACAUGGAAGACGACAGGGAGACACGCGAUGGAGAACCGAUGAUCCAGGAGACAGAGAGGCCCAAGAGAAGUGAUGACCGUGAGCGUAGCACAAGUAGGGAGAGACGUAGGGAUGAUGAUAGGCAUCGCCAUCGUCAUCACUCUCGCUCGCGUAGUCGUUCACCUAGACGACACAGACAUCGUUCUUACUCUCACUCAAGAUCACGUUCUCGUUCUAGAGACCGUCGUGAUCGCGAUCGCGAUAGGGGACAUAGAUCUUCUCGAAGAAUCUCACCUCCUGCGUUACACGGCAGAGGGCCUCGUUUAAACGGUCCCAGAGGUGAUUUCGAAAAAUCCGUAGGAGGACCGAUGAACGCUCCGACCGAAGAAGCGGCGGCACACGCAAAAGUCAGCAAAAGGGAGAAUAGGUUGUAUAUUGGAAAUUUGGCAUAUCAUUGCAAUUAUAAGGAUUUGGAAAAAUUCAUGAGAGGAUCUGGAGGAGAUGUUAUCUUCACGGAAAUCUUUAUCACACCCGCUGGACAAUCAAAGGGAUGCGGUAUCGUCGAAUUUUCAAAUCCGGAAGACACCAAGAAGGCGAAAGAGGAACUCUCUGAAAAGCCCUUGUUUGGACGUAAUGUCCAUAUUCGCGAGGAUCGUGAAGAGAACGCCCGUUUCGGAAUGGCGCCGAUUCCCGGUAAAGUUGGAGUAGCCACUGGCGAAUCUCGCAAUUUCCUUGGUGCUCAUGGACCACGCUUCAACCCUGCAAACCGUAACAUCUUCGUUGGCAAUCUUCCUCUGCAAGCUUCCUGGCAAGACCUGAAAGAUCUCAUGCGUCAAGCUGGGGAGGUGAUUCGGGCCGAUAUUGGUGUCCAUCCCGAUGGUAAUCCCAAGGGUAACGGAACGGUUGUUUACCUUACUCCGGAAGCAGCUCGAGCUGCCAUUCAAAUGUUCAAUGGGUUCGAUUGGUUCGGCAAUGUUCUGGAAGUCCGAGAGGAUCGUUUCGCCGGUGGGACUGGAGGUUUCCGUGGCCGCGGUGGGUUUGGUGGCUUCCGUGGAGGCUUUGGUGGUCCUGGUUUCCGUGGCGGUUUCCAACCCGGAUUCAGAGGUGGCUUCAAUGGAGGCUUCCGUGGCGGGUUCGGUGGCGGUGGAUUUGGACGGGGUGGAUUCGCCGGUAAUAUGAACGGCGGCAUGGGUAACGGUGGUGGAGGUCGUAACUUUACCAACGAUCUUUACGCCGAUUACAACGGUCCCAAUCAAUCGUCCAACGGGGACAUGCAAGUAGACCCUGCCCCGAGGCGUGAAGCGGCUGAGCCGAAUCAGCAGAUUUUGGUUCGCAAUCUGCCAUGGUCCACUUCCAACGAAGAUCUGGUAGAGCUAUUCGAGACUGUUGGCAGCGUCACUUUGGCUGAGAUCCUCUUUGAAGGCUCUCGAUCAAAAGGUGAAGGUAUCGUUCAGUUCACCGAGACGGCCGAAGCUCGUACGGCAGGAGACAAGUUUACUGGGUACAUGUAUGGUGGCAGGCCAUUGGAUGUCCAAUUCAACCCUCGUUGGCAUGAGUUUUCGUCUACUGCUGCUAAAGGUGGGCAGGCAGCUGCUUGAAUGUGAUAUCAAAAGUAUGCAUCGGGUGUGUGAGAU